UAUCGGACGUCUUUCGGAUCCCAGCCAUCCUAUUUUCCCACCACACAAGACGUUUAUUUCAAAUCAAUGUCCAAAAUCCAUCAAACCUUCCAACAAAUCAAUCAACGGCCAACAGAACCAUGAUGGCGCAAAUCCGAGAAGUCUCUGCUGAAGUAGCGAUGGCGCGUCUCCUCAUGCACCAGCCAGCAUCUGACGACCAAAAAGGUCAGCCCGAAGUCGAGAAAAUCACUAUCAAGGUCGGCACUGGCAAGGAUGCCCGCCAUUUCGAAGUCCAUAAAGACCGUCUCUGUGCCCGGAGCGAGAUCUUCAGAGAUUACCUCGCAAGUAAACCGUCCGUCACAGAGAUUGAUCGCCCCGACGAGGACCCUUAUGUAUUCUCCCUCGUCAUUCAGUACCUCUACAGAGGUACUCUCCCCGACGUCAUCCCCCUUCCUCCAUUCAUCAUCACCGUUGAGCAAAAGACCCAACUCCUCAACUACCUUGGCAGGGUCCGCAAGUCCGAAUACGGAAAGCCAUUCCAACGACCUGCCCGUGAGUUGUGGCCCGAGAUCGCAGAAGCCUACGCCGAAAAGGUCGGCCAGCCGAUUGACCUCCUUACUAUCGAAAUGAACGUCUGGGGAGACUGGUACAACAACCUGGACGAACUGAAGCCCCAUUUCGACCGCUUGUACAAUAACUCAGUCACCUUCAACGGUCUCAACCAUCCGAUCAGCAAUUGCGCUCAUAACCUCCGCCGCCGCAUGUUCUCUUUCAUCGACACUCUCGAGGAGCAGGCAGAGCGUGACACCAACGGCUCAACUUUCACCAGAUCAAUGAAGAAAUCUACUGGUCCUAGCGAAAAGGAAGAGGAAGAGGACGCCAGAAGCAGAGAAGGCCGCCACAACCUGCAAAGGUUAAUCUGUGUCUCCGAGCGCUACCGUCUCGACUCGCUCACAGCAAUCUGCAUGGACGCUCUCACCCAACUCUACAAGACCCACCACCUCUCCCCCUCCGCCCCAUCCAUCUUGUACAUCUACUCGCAGACCAGCGUUGGCUCCAAGCUCCGCCUGUAUGUUUCUCGAUCCCUCGCACAUGCAAUUAUGAACAAGUCGCCAAAUGAUGGUGGAAUUGGAGGUGUUGAGACGGACUGGAUUUGGGAUGUUAUGAAGGAGAAUAAUGAGCUUGGUAUGGACGUGUUGGCUGAGUUGAGAGGAAAGAAUGGGAUGAAGGUUGCGGAGGCGGAGGAUGCUGACCCCUGCGAGUAUCAUUGGCAUGGAGAGGGGGAUAUUUGCACUGCUAAGUUGUAUUGAGUCUGGGGGGAAGCUGGAGGAAAUGGGAAAGGAAUGGAGUUUGAGAUGGUGCGGAUACCCUCGAGGAAUUUCAAUUGCAAACA